AUGAUUGUUGACGAUCCUCGUUCUCUUGACGAUGCUAAUCGGGCCGAACCGACCGAAACAAGUUCACUUCUUGCUGAACAUGAUGAAGCUCAACCAAUCCAGCGUUUUUCACGGUCACGCAUCAUGCGCUUUCAGCGCGCACACCUAGCGUUACCAGUGGCGUUCUUAGGAUUCAUGUCUGGCAGCAUCGCGGUUACAACAUCCAUCCAGAUCGUUAACAUCAUUGCUUGUCAGCUUUGGUAUAACGCUCACGACCCAUCCAAGGUUCCGCCGAGUGGGCACAUCCCAGAAGAGCUAUGUCAAGCACCUGAAGUACAAUCUUUAUUCGCUAGGAUUAUACAGAUUCUAAUCAUUGUGGACAUCUGUGGAGCCGUUGUCACUUCCUCGCCCAUAGGCACACUUUCGGCCAAGUUUGGCCGUAAACCCAUCUUUAUCAUUAUUGCCCUGCUUUAUGCUAUCUCGCCUUUAGUGAUAAUCGCGGCUCUGUAUCAAGGUUCUCUGGUGCUCGUUGUUUUCUCAACCGUUAUCGCCGCAAUUGGAGGCCCCCGGCAGCUUUCUUUGUUGACUACUAUGUUUAUUGUGGACGUGUCAAGCGAUCCUGGGCCAGUGCUUUCUAUCCUCGAGGGCUCCGUCAAUUUUGGUCUCACAUACGUAUUCUGGGUUCAAGCUGCCAUAUGCACGGUUCUUCUAUUCUAUAUCAUCAUCGCCAUUCCUGAGUCUUUUGGAUGGGAAAAGCGUACUGCCCGUGCUGCUGAAGUAGCUGCAGAACGUUCCCGCGGAAGGCAGAGAAGCAGUCGCCCCAGACUCGCAAGGAGUAGAAGCACAAGCCUGGAACGCGUACAAGAGGGCGUAAAGGAGAGUGCCAGUGCAUUCUCUCGUCCUCUCGCUCUCAUCUGGCCGAAGCGUGACCCUGCAACGGGUAAACGUAACAAGCGCAUGAUGUUGUUGUCCGUUGGAGUGCUCCUCGCAUACAUUGGAUCUGCAUACAGCUCAACAGCAUACUUGAUUUACACUACCAAUCGAUUCCAUGCUACUCCCGAUCAGAACGGAUACAUGCUUAGUUCGGUUGCCGCAGGGAAAACUAUAUAUCUAUUGUUACUGUUCCCUCCAAUCCUUAAGACCGGACAUAGAUUCUACCUUAAAAACUACUCCAAUAGGACGGAUACCAAAAACUUACCUAGUUCACUAUUCGACGUGCACCUACUGGCUUUCUCUCUCUUCGUUACAUCGUUAGCUCUACUCGGGAUCGGGUUAUCUCCCAAUAGGACUCUCGCAAGCAUAUCCUUGAUGAUUGAAGUUCUGGGAUCAGGCGCUGCUCCGUGUAUAAGCGCACUUGUUUCUGCCAGUGUUGAGCCCUUGGUUCAAGGCAAGCGAAGCUUUGGCUGCAAUCGCGCUCUGAGUCGCACAGCGACCACACGCCUCCCGCAGCUUGUUUUCUUUGUUUCCUCGAUUUUCCUACUUUUAGCGGUCGGUAUAGUCACUCUAGUCAGAGACACGGACAAAUACACCCCUCCGGACAGCACCUCAUCGAAUGACCCGAAUCCUGAUACCGAGGAAUAA